CAGUGGCAUAGAUUCCGAAGUCCGUCAGUGAGGUUUUAACUCCCAUAGAAUCAAGGCUUUGUUACCGGGAUAUAGCAGGGAGCGUGUGUCCAGUGUCAGUCAACGCAAUUAUGUUUGAUGUUUUCAUUUAUACAUCCAACACCGACGGUCCAGAUAACUGACAAUCUCUGUGAAUAUAUUGACUGUUAGCAUGAGUGAUCUUACCCUAUAGCACUGGUCAGUGCUUUACAAUCGUCUCAUGCCAUAGGCUGAUGCAGUAUGAACUGAUGGCUUACUUCAUGGAGCUAGGUUUAGUGAGUACGUAAACAGUUGACAACAUGUGAUAUGAUGUCUGUUCCUGUGAUUUUGUCAAUCGUCUAAAGAUCUAUAGGUGAAGGGAGUUUCCCCACAAAAACAGUGGAAUGUUAGUGGUAAGUGGGACAAAUGGAUUGUCACCGAGUAUAACAGCAUCAUACCGGAAAGGCUUAAUGUUUUACCAUUUUAUCGUGUUCAGGAAGGAUGUACAAUAAUGUAUGGCUCACCUGUGUAUGACUGUUAUAUUACGAGUAGAUUUUAGCAAUAUACUAAAGAUGUUUAAAACAUACGAAACGUUUGUCAUUCCAUUACCAAUAGUGUGCUCUUGUGCUAAAUAUAGAAGGCAAUGAAACGCAUCUUCGAUCAAGUUUCUCUGGGCUGUUAGAUAGAAAUCAUAGAACACGCAAAGGUGUGGGAAUCACCUGUUAACCCAGUAUCUCUUAAUCUUUAUCGCUGGAUUUUAAGUCAAGACUGCAAAGCUGUGCAAGCUGGAGAACUUUUCUAUUGAGAACAUUUGUGUGGAUUUCGAGGAUGACAUCGAAGUCGACCGUCGGAAAGGGUGCGGAAAAACUAACUCUAACGGAAGGAUAAGAUGCUCAGGGUUACUCUGCAGCAUGGACGUGUUUUCAUUGAUCAAACAGACCAUCACAUCGGAAGACUCAAACCCAAUCACGAAAUACUUCGAAAUUGGGCGCCAAACUGGUAGCUACGGGCCAGAAAUGGUCUGGAAAAUUUAUGAUGCUGUUCGUAAAGAGGACAAAAAGGAAGCAUCGGUGUGUAUCUUUGAGAAGAAGAUUGCCGACAAGCUCCACAAACCGAGGAGGCGAGAGACAGUGUCUGAAAUACUACGACAAGGUGUCCAGCUGCUGGAGAAGUUUAAACACCCGCGGUUACUGGGUAUUUUACAUCCUCUGGAGGAAAGUCAUAACAGUCUGGCCUUUGCCACAGAACCGCUGUUUGCCAGUCUUGCCAAUGUGCUAGGCCGAUACGACAGGAUACCAACGCCCGCUCCUCCAGAAAUAAGGGACCAUGAAUUUCUGGACUAUGAAAUACAGUACGGUAUACUACAGAUCACCGAGGCCUUAUGUUACCUGCACGCCGUGGAGCAGAUGGUUCACAAGAAUGUUUCUCCACAGUCUAUUUUGAUAACGAAGAGGGGUACGUGGAAACUGGCGGCCCUGUGCUUCGCCGAGACUGUACGUGAUGGAAAGGAUUCAGUGAUUUGUCAUCCCUGGAGUACUAAAGUGCCUAAAAUGGCUCAGCCUGAUUUGAACUACAUAGCACCUGAGACCCAAAACUCAAAAUAUUGCUACUUUUUAAGUGAUAUGUUUGCUCUUGGAAUGGUCAUAUGCACUAUAUUCAAUACUGGUGUACCACUUAUAGAGGCGGAGCAUAAUACAACUACCUAUCUAAAACAGCUAGACCAGAUCCCGGAGAAGUUUAGUGACGUCGCCCACAAGAUGCCCCUUCCCCUUGUAGAACCGGUAGAAAAGAUGAUCAACAAGGAUAUCCGAUACCGCCCGACAGCUCAGUUUUUUUGUUUGUUAAAAUAUUUCAACGAUCCCAUCCUGAGAGGUUUACAACAAUUAGAUAACAUAGAUAUAAUGGAGUAUUGCCAGAGAGCUGAAGUUUACUCGUUUGUAGCACAAAUCAUCCCCAGUAUACCGAAAAAAAUAUUAUAUCGCCAUGUCUUCCCCGCCCUUUGCCUUGAAUGCUCAACAGCCGACACAAUCACCAGUGCAUUAUCUCCCUUGCUAACCCUUAUCGACUUCGCCACGCGGGAGGAAUACGUGGAGAAGAUCCUGCCCUUUUUCAGACUCAUCAUGAACUCGCCCAAGCCAGUGCAGGCGACAGUGUACAUACUCGAUAAGCUGGACACGGUGCUGAUGAAAAGUCCAGCAGAUGAGAUACGGUCGGAGGUAUUACCUUUUGUCUUCAACAGCUUGGAGUCAAACUCACUACAAGCACAGGAGGCAGCUUUAAAUGCAAUUGGUAUUAUCAAAGAGUACUUGGAUGAUGGUGUGAUGAGAAAUAUGGUGCUACCUCGGGCAAAAGCGCUUUACCAUAAGGGGAGCAAUGUGAGGGUGAAGCUGAAUGCGUUAUCUUGCAUAGAUUACUUACUAGACAGUCUCAACAAGAUGAUCAUUCUGGACGAGGUCUUGCCCUUUCUUACAGAUAUCACAGGUCAUGACCCCGACAUAGUCAUGGCAGUUGUUGGUAUUUAUAAGCACAUGUUAAGUGACAAAAAAUUUGGCCUCACCCAUAAUCUAAUAGCAACAAAGGUGAUGCCUCCCCUCAUUCCGCACACUGUCAACCCUGGCCUUAGUAUGGAAAAGUUUGGUGCGUUAAUGGAAGUCCUGAGAGAGAUGCUGGAACAAAUAGAUAGAAAACGUCGGAAUAAGAUGCAGGAGGAAACAUCAGCUGUACCAAUACCGAAAAGGGGGUCUAUAUGCAUGCCACUGAUUGAUGGUAAGACAAAAGACGACAAAGUAGGCACGUCCUCGUCGUCUCGCAUCUUUUUGACUGUCGAAAACAGUGGAAUGUCAAAAAGUCGUACAGAACAAUCUCUGUCCAAGUUGUCCCUGAUUGGUUACGACAGAUCACGUGAACAAAUAGCAGCUCUGACGUAUGCAGCUCCAAACAGCCCUGAUAUGCAGCACAUGAAAGACGAUAAAAUAUCCCUGAGCACAGAAAAAGAAAACCAACGUCGGUUCAGUUUGAUCCCGCCAGCAGGAGGGACACCAGGAAUUAGCCUCAUCUCGGACGAAAGUCCUUGCUCGGAUCGCCCUAGACGUCCGAGCACGCAGAGCCUCGGCCAGUUCACCCUGCCUGAGUUCGAGGGAAAGAACAGCCGUGGAAGUUUAUUAGGGUUUGGGGAUAACAAAGGGGGACAAAGACGAGCAAGUUUCCAGGCGCUAGGAGAAAGUGUGAUGCAGCUGUUUUCCAGUAAAUGACAAACCCCAUGCUAACACCUGGUCUUGUGAACUGUAUCCUACUCGGAUCACAAUUCUUUUUUCAUCUGUACUUUUGUACAGUUUUGAUGAAGGACAUCAACCUGCAAACGAAUCAAAGAUUCCAAAUGAGCAUUUCAGUUCAUUUUCGUGCGUGAAAGUUCGACAUUACAAUAGUAUUCCAAGCAUACUUAUUCUCUACGGAACAAUUUUCGUUAAUAACAAAAUAAAGUGUACAAACUACGUCUGUUUGUGAAAUGAUUGCUACAUUUUUACAGUCUGGAUUUGAACCAUUCCUGCCGCUACUUAUUGACGAUACAUGUAUAAAGUACCAUUUACCUUUAUGAUGUCGGCAUGAAUGUUUGCAAUGCUUUAUUUUUUCGUGUAACAGUCUUUUGUCUGGAACAUCUUACCUUUCGUUUAUAAAGCAAUGUAUUAGUCACGUACAUUUAUUCUUAUGGCGACUUAAUUUAUACAUAUAUAUCACAUAAGAGUGUUCAGUGUUUCUAUCUGAUACCUCGAGUAGUGCUUGUCUAAGUGAGAAACAAAGUGCAUAUUGUUUAACAUUAUACGUGCAUACACAGUAUCAUAACUGUCAGAAAGAUGUGAAAAUGCGUUCAUGCAGGUUUCAUACUGAACCUGCACGCGGGAAAGACAUAAGACAAACAAUAAAAUUAAUACCAUUAGAACACAGUCAUCGUUCUCCCUAUGUGACUGUUCAGGGCUUAGAUCAAGGUUAACCGAUUAAAGUUGACCUUUGAUAUUGAACUUACUAAAUUCAAGGUCAGCGUUCUCCAGUUGACCUUUGUGUAUGAUGAGUAUUCUGUGUAUAUACAUAAACGAGAAUGAAGCUAAUGUAAUUGAGGAUCUAGAUAAUGUAAUAUAAUUUUUGUAACUUUUGAUAUCUGCUUUAGAGACAUUUGUUAUUUUUAUGAUAACAUUAAAUACAGUUGUACCACGGUAUGCACUGUCACGUGAUAUGGUAGCGGGACGAUUUCAUCUGAGCUCUGCUUCUGGCAUCUUUCAUCAACAUAGUUACGUUUCUUAAAAGGCCUCUGGUCAUAUUAAAAACAUUGCAAAAUUGGAGAAACUUCUACUGUGUGUUUUGCUUAUAUUGCUUUUCAGUGGUGUUCAUUAAGACACAUGCAUCUACCUUAGCCAGAAAAAUACGUUAAGGGUGUAUGCAACCUUACACCUUCGAUUUACAUUCGAUUUAUCUCCUUUAAUGUUAUAAGAUACCUGACAAAUGUUGCAUUUUGCUACAUAGGGGCUUGUUACGUGUAAGUCGUAUGUGUGUAAUAAGGAUUAGAUAAGAAGCUUAAACCAGAAGAAUAAAAUUCUACCUUUUUUCUGUUAUUUCAAACAAGCAUUUACUAUCUAAAAUGUCUAAUGUAGACAAUACACCUACUGAACAAUAUACAUGUAUUGUCCUUCUGAUGGGGAAACACGAAUAUUUUUUUCCCUGUAAUUAAUAAUGUUUCACGAGGGCAUAGCCCGAGUGAGUAAUGAUUAAUUUUCCAAAUAAGCAACAAACGGUAAACUGUUUCAUGUUACUGCACCAUGUGAUUAUUAAGAAAAUCGUGAUACACAUUUUUUUUAUUUCCGCCCGAGUAAAAAAGUUGUCUCUAUGCUAGUUGCGAGUUCCGUAAGAAUCAAUGUGCGAAGACGCCAUUAAAAAUGCCCAGUGAAAAUAUUCAUCAAAUUAAAGAUAAAAAGGAUUUUGACCUUUCUACUUGCUAAUAAAACGUGUUAUAUGCGUAUCGAAAAAAAUACGUAUUUUUAAAUACCUCAUAGAUAAUACACAUAAUAAAUUACGUCUAAGCACACAAUCUUCAAAUGAAGAAAAUGGUAUUGUUGUACUGACCACAGUUUAUCAUUGCUUAUCAGAUGUUAGCAUGAUUGUAUACAUGUGUAUGUAUAUCUUUGGUUCCAAUUCAAUCCAGUAAAAUUGAAUCAAUAAUUUGAUCAUAAGCGUGGUUCAAGCAAGAUAAGAACUUAAUAAAUUGUAAUUUCUGGCAACUGAUUUACCUUUCGUGAAAGCAAUUCAUAUAAGUAUUCCUCAUAUGUAAUUGAAAAUAUAUGUCUGCGUACGUAGUUUACAUAUCCGUAUUUAGAAACAUUGCGCAAUAUUUUUAGAGUUUUAUAUUUAAAUCUUACCUUAGAGCUUCAAUUAAGAUCAGUCACGUAUUAAUUGCCCAAUGUCCAAAAGACCAACCAUGUAGCUCUAUUCUCUGAUUGAUUUCGUUAUUUGCGCAGAACAACUGUUUUUCUCUGACAGAAAUGAAAUACCGUUACAUCAUUUUAGCGGAAAUGAAAUACCAUGCAAAGGCGAUUCUCUUUAAUUUAUCAUAUGAAAUAUCAAACACAAAAAGUACCACGUGUACCAGAAUUUCUGAAUAAUCUGUCAAAUAUAUUGAAACAAAAAUCAAUAUUAAAAUUGAUUGUCUAUUACUACGACUAAAGUAUGGCAUCAUUUCACAUCAAACACGUGCAAUCGUUGAUUUAUAGAAACGUAUUUUAUUUUUGUUUACGAUGUCCCUCAAUAUAUCAAUAUUCCACCAUACAAUAGUGGAGAUAUCCCCUGCAUCAUCUCAAUGGCAUACAUUCGGCCCUGUUACCCUCUGUGUGUACCGGUAGAUGCCUCUGUCGUACUGGUAAAUAUAAACCUCGAUUUUUUAUUGUUCAAUUUUGUAUGAAUUUCUAUGAAUCCUUGGAAUACUGUACACAAACAUAGGUAUUGUAUACCGAUAUGUUAUUAUUGUUUAUGUUAACCAUUGAAAAUACCCUGUACUAAACUGUUUGUAUAACUAAUAAAG